AUGUGCGCGUCGUUGACUCGUAAUUGGCUUAUGAAGGAGUUGCGUCUCCGUCAGUUGAAUUAUAAGUGCUGUGUCGACUUGGUCUUGAAGCCUGAGGAUUCUGUGGAUGAAGAGGAGGAGGAGGAGGUAGAAGGAUUAGCUGAUGAGGAGGACGAUGCAAAGACUGAUGAAGACGAGGGCGGUCCAACUGACCACGAAGACACAAAGGAGGAUGACAUGAAGACUGAUGAAAAAGAGUUGAGUCGCUAUGAAGACGAAAAAGAUGACCCAAAGACUGACGAAGAAGCCGAUUCAACUCACUAUGAAGACGAAAAGGACGGUGAUACAAAGACUGACGAAGAAGGCGAUGAAACUCACUUCGAAGAUGAAAAGGAGGACGACCCAAAAACUGACGAAGGCGAGGGCGAUCCAACCCACUUUGAAGACGAAAAAGAAGACGACCCAAAGACUGAUGAAGAUCAAGGCGAUGCAAGUCACUACGAAGACGAAAAGGACGACGACAGUAAGACUGACGAACACGAGGCCAUUACCAAUGACCAUGAUGAAGAUACCAAGGAGGACGAAGACGAGGGCUAUACAAGCUACGAUGAUGAAAACAAAACCUCGGUGAUUGGAUGCGCAGGAUUUGAAGUUGAGUGCGAUGCAGAAAAGGUGGUGGUUAUUUCAGCUUGUUGA